AUGUCCGACGGCGACAACAUCACCGCGCUCCUCGCCCCGGACAACUACACGCUGCCGCCCGGCGCCGGCAGCCUGAGCCCCAGCCCCGGCUUCCCCACCGCCCCGAGCCCCAGCCCCGGGCUCAGCCCCAGCCCCGGGUUCAGCCCCAGCCCCGGGCUCAGCCCCAGCCCCAGCCCCGGGCUCAGCCCCAGCCCCGGGCUCAGCCCCAGCCCCAGCCCCGGGUUCAGCCCCAGCCCCGCAUUCAGCCCCAGCCCCGGGCUCAGCCUCGGGCCGGGUCCCAGUGUGGGGUUCAGCGCCGGCCCCGCUGCCGCCCCGGAGCCCACGGCGGGCGGCUUGGCGGGGAGCGCGGUGGCCGGCGCGGGCGCCUCCCCGUUCCCGCCGCCCUGGGCGCCCCUGGAGCCCGCGUUCUGGGACACGCCGCUGAGCCACGGGCUGAACGUGCUGGUGGGCGCCGCCCUGUGCGUGGCCAUGCUGGGCCUGGGCUGCACGGUGGACGCCGGCCGCUUCGGCGCGCACGUGCGGCGGCCGCUGGGCGCGCUGCUGGCCGCGCUCUGCCAGUUCGGCCUCCUGCCGCUGCUCGCCUUCCUGCUGGCGCUGCUCUGCCGGCUGGACGAGGUGGCCGCCCUGGCCGUGCUCCUGUGCGGCUGCUGCCCCGGCGGCAACCUCUCCAACCUCAUGUCCCUGCUGGUGGACGGCGACAUGAACCUCAGCAUCAUCAUGACCAUCUCCUCCACGCUCCUGGCCCUGGCCCUGAUGCCCCUGUGUCUGUGGAUCUACAGCCGGGCGUGGAUCAACACGCCCCUGGUGCAGCUGCUGCCCCUGGGCGCCAUCACCCUGACUCUCUGCAGCACCCUCAUCCCCAUCGGCCUGGGCGUCUUCAUCCGCUACAAAUACAGCCGGGUGGCUGACUACAUUGUGAAGGUUUCCCUGUGGUCUCUGCUCGUGACACUGGUGGUCCUUUUCAUCAUGACCGGCACUAUGUUAGGACCCGAACUGCUGGCGAGCAUUCCUGCCGCUGUUUACAUGAUCGCGAUUUUCAUGCCUCUGGCGGGCUACGCCUCGGGCUACGGCCUCGCUACGCUCUUCCGUCUCCCCCCCAACUGCAAGAGGACCGUCUGCCUGGAGACGGGCAGCCAGAACGUGCAGCUCUGCACCGCCAUCCUCAAGCUGGCCUUCCCCCCGCACCUCAUCGGGAGCAUGUACAUGUUCCCGCUGCUCUACGCCCUCUUCCAGUCUGCAGAGGCGGGGGUGUUUGUGCUGAUCUAUAAGAUGUACGGACGUGAAAUACUGCACAAGCAAGAUCCUCUCGAUGAGGACGAAGACACGGAUAUUUCUUACAAGAAGCUGAAGGAAGAGGAGAUGGUGGACACCACCUACGGCUCAGUGAACGCGGAGAGCUUGAUGAUGGUAGAGACCACUCAGACUGUUCUCUGA